GUUUAGGUAUGAGGAUUCCAUACAAAUCUGCGAAUGAAACUUUCACAGAAGACCAAAUAGAAAUCAAGGAUCCCUUUGCUCUUUUUGAGAAAUGGUUUCGAACUGCCACAGAAUGUGAUGCAAUCCUCGAGCCUAAUGCAAUGUUUCUUGCUACAUCCAGUAGGUAUUCUAUUCCAUCAGUUAGGCCUAUGCUGCUUAAAGGCUUCUGUGAGAAGGGCUUCGUUUUCUACUCAAAUUAUCAGAGUAGAAAAGGCAAGGAUCUGGAGGCCAACCCAAAUGCAGCUGUGACGUUCUACUGGGAGCCAUUAAGAAGAUGUGUUAGGAUAGAGGGCAUUGUUGAGAAAAUCUCAAGAGAAGAUACUUCAGCUUACUUUCACAGUCGGCCUCACGACAGUCAAGUUGCGGCCAUCUGUAGUCUUCAAAGUAAACCAGUUGCUAGUUUUCAGGAUUUACGGACCCAGUAUGAAGAUCUAGAGCGGAAGUAUCCAGAAGGAGGAUCAGUGCCAUUACCAGCUACCUGGGGUGGCUACAGACUGGUUCCAGACAGAUGUGAAUUCUGGCAGGGUCAGUCAAGCAGGUUACAUGACAGGAUACUCUUUUUACGUGGUAACUCUGUAAAAGAGUUUGAUUAUUCUAAACUGUCUCAAGGGGAGAACAGUUGGUGCUACUGUCGACUCUUCCCAUAGGCAAGACAUAGUAAUAAACGAAUACUAAGCCUAUUAAUAUCUGCAGGGGUACAUGAGUUAUAGUUUUAUUUGCUUAGAUUCGGUAGGACUCAUGAUAGUGACAUGGCAAUUUUCCGCAGAUCUGUGAGAAAAUUAAGGGGGUGGGAUAAGAAUUUACUUUAGUUCAUAUAUUAGGAAUUACGAAGGCGUCUUCCAAACCACAUCACGAUUGUAAAUUUCUAUAUUCUUUCCAGAAUAACUAUAAGCAAGACAAACAUGAGCAUAAGCAUAAUUUCUAUCAAAUCAUACAAGACGCUUCUAUGUAUGUAAUCUGCUGGAACCCAAACGAAAACAAAAACAGAUAUGGAACAAAAGAGAAAUUUAAUGUAGUUUAUUUUCACUACAGUAGCAUUAGAACGACACAGAUGCAUGCGCAUGUGUAAUGUGCGGUCGAAAAUACGAAAUGUUUUUUCUCAAAUGACCUAUCCCGGAAGAAUUCGUGGCAAAGUUCCCGCAUGCACAGACUGUAAUUAUGAACUGGCUUAUAGUCGCGCUGACAGGGCGCGAUUAUUUAAAUUUUCUUGAUGCGACCGGCGUGCGAGAGCAGAAUGGCGAGACUGCAUUUGCACUGGGCCGCCAAAUCAUUGCAAUAGUGAGCACAGGCACUUGGAGCGUUUCAAUAAAAUAUAAUGCUAAAUAAAUACGAAAUCUAUUUACUACCAAA